AUGGAGUAUAAAUGUAUGCAUGACGAUGAUUGUAAGAGAACAUUCAAACACUUAAGUGAUGUGUUGUCUCAUUGCUCAAGAGUACAUGGUUGUCAAAUUUAUUGUCAUUCCGCUGAUUGUCCGAAUAAUGAAUUUUAUUGUUCUCAAUAUUUAGAUGACUAUGGAUAUGGAUAUACCUUUCACACUUUAUCAUCUCAAACUUCAACACACCAUUUACCUGCACCAACAACAACAACAACAACACCAACAACACCAACCAACACUAUUUCCUUUACAGCAGAGAGUAACAACUUUAAUUCAUUUAGACUUUGUUUUGUUAAUGUUAAGAGUAGUCGUUUUACUAAUACAUGUGUUGGAUGGUUCGAACAAAUUCAUUUAGCAUUGAAUAUUACAAGUGCUAUCUAUGACCAAACUAAUUUCGGUGAUUACAAUGUUGAGAUUACUUUGUAUGGCGAUGGAAUUCCUUCUUCCGAUUACACUUUGAGUGUCAUCAUUGAUGGUAAAGUCUGUGACAGUGCACAACAAUAUGUAGUGAGCAACUAUAUCAAAUGCAACGAUAAGAGUAUCAUCCAACCAAACAACUACACUGUUAUCAUCUACGAUAUCACUAACAACAACGAUAACAAAUUGUUAUUUAAUUCAACUGUAUCUUUUAUUAGAAGAGUACCUUUUAUUACAAAUGUAUAUGAUGACCCAAAUGGUUAUUAUAUUACUUAUGUUGAAGGUGACUUUGGAAUUAAGAAUGAACAGACCGUGGUUAAUAUAUUUGCUUGUGAGAACUUCUAUGUAGUUCGGCCACAGAAUAACACAUUGCUAAAGUUUAGUAUUACCACACCGAUGGCAAAGUGUAUUGUCACUGUGAGUCAAUCGCAACCUUACCAAUACAUGCAUACCUACACCAUGAGUAAUACAGCUGAGCCACACAACGAAGGUGAAAGUGCAAAUAUCAGACGAGUAUUGCUAGCGGUCUACAUUGUCGCUCCUAUUGGUGGUAUCGUUCUAUUGGUUCUAACUGCAUUGGGAGUCUUUUAUUCUGUCAAACGUUAUAGAAGAAUGUUGAUUGAUGUUAUUAUUAUUAUAAGUGAAAUGCCGAUGUUGUUAUUGGGUUGGAGUUGUUAUUCAAACUCUCAGCCUGGUAUCAUACCAACAAUUGGUUGGAGAGAAGAUCAAGGUUGGUUGACCGCGGUGAUCAUGCAAUUUAAUUGCGUACAAUCGCUCAGCUUAUCAGCAAUGAUGAUUCACUACCAAAAACCAUCAAAUCGAAAUUCAAUCCCUAACAUUUCAAAUCUUACUCUGAAAUCGGAUUCGAAAUCAUUACUAUUCAAUGAUAAAUUUGUGAAAAGUAAGAGUUUAAGUUUUGCAAUUUUUUAA